UUUCAGGGUGGGAAGGCUGUGAAGCAUCUUGUUUUGUAAGGUUGCAUUUGAAACCUUGGCUGGGACCAACUCAAAAUGACAACCCGCUCACCUCACUUAUCAAAACUGUAUUUCAUAGAGUUAUCUUUCUCUUUUUUGUAAGUAUCUUAUUUCUUCUACUCAUAAAAAGAAAACGCUAUUGAAUACAGUUUUGUAAGUGUGAUUAGCGGGUUGUCAAAGUUUUGAUUUUGCCAUAUGUAUUCAAUAUAAAUCACACCGCAUUAAUACAAUGAAACUUACGCGUCGUGACCUGUAUUGCAUUCUAACUUUGUUCUGUAUUGUAUUCCUUUUAGAAAAGUGUCGGUAAUUUGUGUUGAAGCCGCUGAGCCCACGUGCCUGUAAAACUUUCAGUUUUGUUUUCAGAAAAAAAGCAGCUGCGCGGAAUAAGGCUUGUGAAAUAUGAUGAAAUAGUUUUCAGUACCGGUAGUAGCUAUAACAAGCUCGCAGGUUCCUGUUCCCGAACGGACGUCUGAAGUACCGUAUCCCAGACUCCCCAAGCAUCCGUCGCCCCUGUGGAACAUGAAGUGUCUAGACGCCUUUAUCCAAGGCGACCUACAGAGACCAGGGUGUGUGAACUAUGCAUCAGCUGCAGAGUCACUUACAAUUACAUCUCACCCGAAAGACGGAGCACAAGGAGGAGAAAUACGGCAAACGUCAAAGACGAUUCAAAUACAAGGGAGAGACUGAUAAAAAGUGGAUUGAAUUUUAUCUUGGAGUUCGGUAAACACAUUCAGUUUGAGUCUGACCUUGAGCGUCGGAAGGAAGUUAUGACUGAGGUAUGUCCAGACACUUUUUUCCUUGUUGUUAUUUUUAGUUUCUCUUUAUUUUACUAGGAAGUCACAUUGAGAUUAAGACCUCUUUCACAGGUGAGACCCAGCAAAGAAAGGCAACAGCAACACAGUACGAAACAACUAUAGAGUGCAUUAAAACACAGGCAAGUCACACUCAGAACAGGAAACAAAUCAUUAAAAGUCAAAACUGCUGGACUAGUUAAAACACGCACAACUCUCAGUCAGAAGAUCAUGCAGCUUAAUCUUAGAUUGGACUACCCAGCUAACCAUAUAGGGUUGUGGGGAUAUUGCAACAAUAUUGCACUUCUGCUUUGGCAAUGGAACAAAGUCAUGUACUAGCCAUGCAAAUUGGUAGACUCCAGGGGGAGCUGUCAAAACAUUGGACAAUAACGUUGCAAAAUGACAUUUAUAGCACUACAUUCCCUUACCAUCUUAUCACCCUUAUAUCAGCUAUUGUAAUUGUUAAUAAUCAUGUGUUCCUACAGCUGUUUAAGUAAGGUGUGUGUAUUGUGUUAGAUAUUUUUACCACUUUUUUUACAUUUUUAAAUUUCCGUUCAGUUUCCAAGAUGGCGUCUCAGGUACCCUUCAGGAGAAUUUCAGGACUACCUUUUCCCAUCAUCCUCCCAUUCACGUAUGUAUGAUGGGGAUGAUAGGGAAAUGUAGUUCCUGAGACGCCAUUAGUUUCCUACAGCUUUGCCUGUUCUGAAUACAGCUUAGUUUGGGUGAGAAGAAACCAAGCUUGUCAUUGAGCAAUCUUUAGCUAUCAGAAGCAUAAUCAACAAGUACAGAGAAACAUCUGUAAUUGACAAGCCCAGCUGUCUGACAAGGAUGAGCAAUACUUGAAGAUAAGAUCCUGAAGGACAGAGGCCACUUUUCAGUUGUUGGUCGUCUCACAUACUGUCUUCGAUUAGAUCCACCUUAGACCAUUGUUCCAUAGUCCAGUUUCUGUGUCCUUGUGCAGAUUUGAGCCUUUUAGUCUUGGUCCAUUUGUUAACACAGGUUUUCUAACUGCAACACAUCCUGAUUUCACAAGCGACCUUUGUACUGUUGAUGGAUGGGAGACAACAUUUGAGCCUUCUGCCAGUUCUGUUGUCAAUUCAACGCUUGUCUUCUUUCUAUUCCUGAAGGGUAUUGUGUAAGGUAUAAACCACGGUGGGCGGUUCUCAUCAUAUGUACCAUGAGUGGGCCUUUAACCACCCCAGAAGUGGUAUAUAUCAUCAGAAACGCACAACCCGAAGUGGUUUAUACCAUUUAUAACACGGCUACCUGUCAUUUGUGGGAAGAAAAAUAAUUAAAUUGCAUUUAAAUUAAGACAAAACCAGAAACUUUUAUUGUGUAUCCAUCCGCAGUGUAAUAUAGUCCCACAUUGAAUGUAAUUCAUUAUUCGCAUAUUAAAAAUAAAUUGCAUAUGUUCGUUUAUUGUGAAUUUCUGCAUCGAAAGUGCCAUUUCACUAGAAACUAGAGGACUGAGCACAAGCUGUGAUGAUGGGCAGAGUUUCAGACGACAGUAAGGAAGUAAGGGGAGUAGCUGUGAUGGCGACUGAAGCCGGAUCAUAAAAGCGAGCUUCUGAACUCGUUGCAUGCGAGGCACACAUAUUCUAAUACAUUUUCAUCCUUUUGGAUCUCAAAAUCUGUUUUUUUUAGUUGUCGGACACCCUUGCGUCCAGGUCAUGCCAGAUUAAGUUGACGAUCGAACCUGACUAGGAGCUGGUGUCUGGCCUUGUCUUUACCUGCUUUUCUAACAGUUUUCAUGAUAAAUAAAUAAAUUAUUGCUGGUUUUAAACUCACGGUCAGCAGAGAUGUUAAAACUUUUACUGUUAAAAUAUGGAUUUAUUCCAGCUCAGCAUUAUACAACGGGAGACUGAAUAGAGGUCCCCAGUUGAGCUUCUUGCAUAAAAUUCCCUUAAUGAUUUUUUGGACAUAUUUCCAUAUUUUUUCUUUAAAUACAUUAACCAGCCCAUGCUGUAGUCUUUGCUUUCUUCUGUUCCAUUUAGCUGUUCCUCAUCUACUAUUAUGGGUCUACUCUUGCUGGAGCACUUAUUUUAUUAUUAUUUUUUUUUUCAAAUGACUGCUGUCUUCACUCACAUAAGUUGGUGUUGUACCAGUUAUGUGGAAAAUAGUUAAUAGGUGAAAUGCCACUCAUUUUUGGCAGUGGUUUUGUAACUAAUAACAAAUAAAAUGGCAGUUUGUCAUGGAAUUUAGAAUGCAGUGGUGCGUAGUGAUUUAUUCUGUGUGAAGCGGCUCAUUAGUAUGAAAGCUGUGCUAUACGCUAUAUAUACGCACGGUCAUGUGAUGCUGUUUAACCAAUCAGAGGUUGUUAUUUCUUCUUGUAAUCAGGUGCUUCAUUGCAUAUUCUUCCUGGGUCACAUUUACAAAAAUCCUGUUCCACCGGAGUUCUUCUUCCCCACAAAAGAACUCUUGCAGCAGUACAAGGAGCUGUUCCCCAGGGCGUUCCAGCAGUAUGCCAGCCAUCUGCCCACACGCACCCCCUUUUCCAUCUUGCUUGAUCUGGUUUUGAGGAGGAACGGUUCUACAAACAGUGAGGCUAUACUGAAGAGUCUGGCCAAAAUUAAGAAAGCAUUGCAGGACGAUGACCAAGCUGACAACAACUACACUCUCAGAGCCACCGUCAUCACUGAGUGCUACUCGGGACAAGGACAGGAGCGGUUCUAUGGCGCGUCCCUGUCUUGUAGUGGCGGUGUAGAGACUAAGAUCAUGAUUGCCCUCUCAUGCAUCCAGACCUGGAACGAGGCUGUAGCACAUGCAGUCUGGAAUGUAGAGAAAAAAGGUUACAUCAAAUUUCCAAGAGAUGUGUUUUGCACAGCCUAUAAAAUAGAUCCUGAAUCAGACUCCUAUGUCAUGAUAGCCCCAUGUAGUAAAUGCUACACAAUCUUUACCGGCGUCACAUUCGAGCCUCCUUUUUCUAGUGAAAGAGGCAGCGAGAGGUUUCCUUUUGGAAACUGUGCUGAAACCGAGUCUCUGAGUCACCUCCUUGAUGCAGAAGAAAAUGUCAGGAAUGAAACUAGAGCUUAUUUAGAUGGAAAAGAGGUCACUGUCGACAGAGCCAGCAUCAUAAAAGAUGCAAAGUUGAAAGCUAAAGGACUGCUGGGACCAAGACAUUUUAAAAUAACGGGUGACAUAUUUAAAUUCUUCCAGUCACAAUGAACGGGCUGCCUGAAGUCUAACCCUUACUGCAGCAGUGUGGAGUACCGGUUAGGGCUUUGGACUCUUGACCGGCGGGUCGUGGGUUCAAUCUCAGGUGGGGGACACUGCUGCUGUACCCUUGAGCAAGGUACUUUACCUAGAUUGCUCCAGUAAAAACCUAACUGUAUAAAUGGGUAAUUGUAUGUAAAAAUAAUGUGAUCUUGUAACAAUUGUAAGUCACCCUGGAUAAAAGCAUCUGCUAAGAAAUAAAUAAUAAGAAGAAGAAGAACAAUUAGUUGGUUCAUGUAUGAAUAAUGGAGACUUACACAAGAGUUUCAUCAUCCUUUACAUAGAUCGCACUCAAAUACAUACCCAGAUCCACACAUCCACUGCAUAUUCAACACAGA